AUGGCGGAGCCCCGCAUCAAGCAGCUCUGGCGUGCUGCGUCGGAGGUGCCUGAGGAACAACGCAAUCACUUUCAGCACCUUUACGAGAGCAUCGAGCAACUGUCGCGGAGGUGCCGUCACCUCGAAAACGCAAGCGAGCGCAAGUCUGUUGUCAUGGAAGACCUCCGCGCACACAUCACGCGCCUGGAGGACCUCUUUGGCAAGAGCCAGGGCGACAUGGCCUACGCUCAGCAGCAGCUGGAGUUUGUCGUGAUGAGCUUAGAGAGUCAGCAUGGCAUCGUUGCCGAUCACACCGAACAGCUGCGCCUCUUCGCUGGCGAGUCCACCCAUCGGGGCUAUGCCACCACCCAAGGCAACGCUCAACGCUCGCUCCUGCUGCUCAUCGGCAACUGGCUCUACACACCUGUGGUGCACUUCGCCAAGGGCGUGUACACACUCUUUUCCCCCAUCAUCACCACCGCGCAGUCUCUCUCUCUGCUGAACUCCGACGUCCUGCACCGCAACUCCAGCGAGCGCCUUCGCUGGGGUGCGGCGAGGAAUGGCGACCUACUCGGCAUGCUGCAGCGUGGCGCGCUGGACCCCGACUCGAAUGCUAACCGAAAGUGA